CAUCACAGCAUUUGUGCGUUUGAUAAAUUGUGAAUUAAAUAAUACUUAACGACUCAAAAAUGGCUCUGUCCAUGCAGAAAAGAAAUAACGUCCGCUUGCCUCCAGAGGUGAACCGGGUACUGUACGUACGAAAUCUGCCCUACAAGAUAACCUCAGACGAAAUGUACGAUAUAUUUGGCAAGUACGGAGCAAUUCGGCAAAUUCGAGUUGGAAACACACCUGAAACACGCGGCACAGCUUUUGUAGUUUAUGAAGAUAUUUUCGACGCGAAAAAUGCUCGGGAUCAUUUAUCGGGUUUCAACGUUUGCAACCGGUACUUGGUUGUGUUGUACUACCAGUCUACGAAGGCAUUUAAACAAUUAGACGUAGACAAAAAACAGGAAGAGUUGGAUCAAAUGAAGGCAAAGUACAAUAUCAGUACGGACGAAUUGCGAAAAUAAGUAUUCGCAUGGAUGCUGGUACAAAUUUUAUUUUGUUUGAGAAAAUUGAUAUGCGGCGGCCGGCAGUGCCAACACGCUCUUACUUCGGUACCUUUAUGCUCAGAUACAUUUUGCCCUGUAUUGUUUGCUUCACGGGGUUAAUUCGCUUCAAUAUCUGUGUCAUCGUUUCCACUAGCUUCUCACUCGACACACCGGUUUUCUUGUUUUUAAAUUUGGUCAGCAGUUCUGUUGUGGUCAUAGGUUUGCGCAUGAGGUACCGUCGUAC